AUAAUGUCAAAAGUACUCUGAAUAUGCUUAUGCUAUAGGAGAUUGAGAGAUUUGUGAAAUGUUGGAUACGUUAGGUGCUACUUUAAUAGCGACAUCCUUCCUCAUUUGUUAUGUAAGCGGACAAAACCCUGGGUCUGUGUAUUGUGACGCAUGUACCAGAUGUACAGAGGAUGUCUUCCAUGGCCAGGCAUAUUCAUGUCAAGGAGACUCAACAUUUCUUCCUGAAUGUGACUGUGCAACAUGUAGAUGCACUAAAGGUACAGAGAACUGGUGUGAAAUUGAGGCUCUAUUAGGAGAAUACACCAUGUUGUUUAUCAAUUUUGAUGACGAUGCAAACACCCAACAAACGACCAUAUAUGGCACACCACUACUUGACUCCCUCCUUGAGCAGUAUGGCCCUGGGGGCCCGAGAUCCAACCUCUGGCGUACUACACUUGAUGGAAAUCUAUAUUGCGAUCGGUCUGUCCUCAAAGCCAAUAUUUGUGAAGGAUUUGCUGCA